GCCAGUGUUCUGGAACUGUCCCUGGCCAGUCCGCCACCUCUAUCACCAUUGUGAGCCGACGGCACCGCUACCAUGACUGCCCCGGACGGUGAUUCUUUUGAAACUCCAACUCUGGACAACGAGAGAUCAAAUCUACUCCAGAGAGUCUCCGACGUUGGUGGCUACGCUUACGUCAGCGUGGCCACGCAGGCAGCCGCCGGUGACAUACGGGCAGCGGAGGCUGCGUGUGAGAUGGCUUGGGAACAGCUUCACUCGGGGCCAUGGCACUCAGUAUUGCCUGUUUGGAGAGAUGCCUACUCUAUGGCGUGUCUACAAGUAGCGUCGUUUCACCAUGACGCUGGGGAUUUCAGGGAGGCGCUUAGGGUUCUGGAUAUGGGCUUGAUAAUGGGAGGGAUGCUUCUGCGAUCGGAUUUAGAUUCUGCCAUUGGUAAGAUUUUAACUAAAUCGAAUGCUGCUAAAGGGUUAGAGGCUGGAGAGGGACAUCGCAAGGGGGAGGUUGUUUUGAAUUACCAGCGUUCCAACCAGGCGGAGGUUUUACAAGUGUUACCAAUUAGGUCACUCUCUUCUAAAAGAGUUGAGAAGAGGUCUUCUCUUUCUUUGGAGGAAUUUUUAUGUGAUCACUUCUUGGCUGGUUCUCCGGUUGUUAUCAGCAACAGCAUGAACCACUGGCCUGCCACUACAAAAUGGAAAGACUUGGAUUAUCUGAAAAGGGUUGCAGGUGAUCGCACAGUUCCAGUUGAGGUUGGAAAAAACUAUCUCUGCCCAGAAUGGAAACAAGAGUUGAUCACGUUUUCUCAGCUUCUUGAGAGGAUUCAUGCUGGUGAUUCGACCCCUGUUGGCCCGACAUACCUUGCUCAGCAUCCAUUGUUUGAUCAGAUUUUUGAUCUACGAAGGGACAUAUUAGUUCCAGACUACUGUUAUGCUGGUGGUGGAGAGCUCAGGUCUAUUAAUGCUUGGUUUGGCCCUCUAGGGACUGUCACACCAUUGCAUCAUGACCCACAUCAUAAUAUUCUUGCUCAGGUUGUUGGUAGAAAGUAUGUAAGGCUUUACCCUGCUUCUAUAACAAAGGAUCUUUACCCUUAUGAUGAGCCUAUGCUUAGCAAUUCCAGCCAGGAAAUAUCAGGUCGAUCUGGACAAUCUAGACAAGAAGCAAUUUCCAAAGGCGGUAGACUUGGAUUUUAUGGACUGCAUCUUAGAGGAAGGAGAAAUGCUUUAUAUUCCACCAAAAUGGUGGCAUUAUGUGAGAUCUCUUGCAACAAGUUUCUCUGUUAGUUUUUGGUGGAGCGAUGGCAGCAGCUCACCUGCCUCCUGAUGGUCCAUUUUCUUUUUUGUUAUUUUAUUUUUCAUUUUUUUUAUACCUCUUCUCUAAAUGAAGUACGAGCACCCUAAAACUGCUAAAAAUCUUGGCUGAUGUUCUCAGGCAAAUCCACAAUGAGGUAUAUACUGGGUACCAUCUAUGGAUGCCCUUCGGUUUGUUGUACAUACACAUUAUUAACUGAACUUGAAAGUAGACAAAAGGCUCUCAACCCCCUUCUUUUCUUGAGUGAGGAUCUUUGGUUAAACAGGAUACAUUUGUGUCA